AUGUGUCCUCCCACCACCUCCACCAGCGAAAACAACAACGACCACCUUGUCCAAUCCUCCGACCCCAACCACCCGGCCAACCUCAUCCCCGCGCUCUGCGCCAAGUUCUGGACCCUAGGCUGGGUAACCGGCACAGGCGGCGGCGCCUCGAUCCGGUCCGAUGACCUCGUCUACCUCGCGCCCUCCGGCGUACAAAAGGAGCUGAUGAAGCCCGAGGACAUCUACGUCCUUUCUCUCGCCGCUCAGGCCCAAAGUCUCGACAAGCGCCAACGCGUCUACCUCCGUUCGCCAGCCAACUUCAAGCCCUCCCAAUGCACUCCGUUGUUCCUGGCGGCGUUCACCAAGCGGAAUGCCGGGUGUUGUAUUCAUACGCACUCGCACUGGGCGGUGCUGGUUACGCUCAUCCUGGAGACGCAGGGCAGUAAAGAGUUUUUGAUCAACAAUAUUGAGCAGAUCAAGGGUUUCGGGAAGGGGUUUGGCAAGAGUGGGAAUUUGGGGUAUCAUGAUACGUUGAGGAUUCCCGUGAUUGAGAAUACGGCGCAUGAGGAGGACUUGACGGAGUUUUUGGAGGAGGCGAUGGAUCAGUAUCCGGAUACGUAUGCGGUGUUGGUAAGAAGGCAUGGUGUCUAUGUGUGGGGGGAGAAUGUGCACAAGGCGAAGACUAUGUGCGAGAGCUUGGACUACCUCUUCCAACUCGCCGUCGAGAUGAAGCAGCUCGGUCUUCCCUGGGUUACCGAUAUCGAGCCCACCAUUCCUACGAGAAAGUAA